UGUGCACCACAUUCUCUGUUCACCCCAACCAGCAAUGAGCUCCUACAGCAGCCGUAGUUUCGUCUCAUCUGGGGGGUCCCUCCGGGGUGCUCCUCUUGGAGGGAUGACACGCACUUCUAUGAUGGGUGGGGUCGGUGGCGGAGGUGGCAGCCGCAUUUCCUCCAUGCGUGCAGGCAGUGUGUAUGGGGGUGCGGGAGGGUCCGGGGUUCGAAUCUCCACUGCUGCAAGCACAUUUGCGGCUGGAGGUGGUGGAGGAGCGGGCUAUGGUUUUGGUGGUGGAGCUGGCUCUGGUUUUGGUGGUGGAGCGGGCUAUGGUUUUGGUGGUGGGGCGGGCUUCGGAGGAGGUGAUGCGGACCUCAACGUGUCCCUUAAUGAAAAAGGAACCAUGCAGAACCUGAAUGACCGUCUGGCUACCUACCUGGAGAAGGUCCGUUCUCUGGAGAAGGCCAAUGGUGAGCUCGAGCUAAAGAUCAGACAGUUUCUGGAGAGCAAGACCUCACCUACAGCAAGAGAUUACUCUGCCUAUCUAGAAACAAUCAAGGAACUGCAGGAUAAGAUCCAAGAUGCCACCCGGGUGAAUGGAGGAGUUUACCUGGCCGUCGAUAAUGCAAAACUGGCAGCUGAUGACUUCAGAACCAAGUAUGAGAAUGAGUUAGGCAUGCGUCAGUCUGUGGAAGCAGACAUCGCUGGACUGAAGAGACUCUUAGAUGAGCUGACAUUGUCAAGGUCUGACCUGGAGAUGCAGAUUGAGGGCCUGAAAGAGGAACUUAUCUUCCUCAAGAAGAACCAUGAGGAGGAACUACUAGCUAUGCGCAAUCAGAUGAGUGGUUCGGUAAAUGUGGAGGUGGACGCGGCUCCUCAGGAAGAUCUGAACCGUGUGCUGGCUGAGAUCCGUGAGCAGUACGAAGGCGUUGCCGCCAAAAACAAGCGUGAGCUGGAGGCCUGGUUCCAAACCAAGUCGGAGAUGCUGAAUAAGGAGGUUGUAGCCAGUACAGAGUCUGUACAGACAUCCAAGACAGAAAUGACUGAACUCAGACGCACUCUUCAGGGCCUGGAGAUCGAGUUGCAGUCUGAACUCAGCAAAAAAUCAUCUCUUGAGGCGACUCUUGCGGACACAGAAGGUCGGUACUCCAUGAGGCUGGGUGGCAUGCAGGCUCAAGUAACAAGUUUGGAGGAACAGGUCACUCAGCUCAGAGCUGACACAGACAGACAGUCUCAGGAGUACAAAAUGCUGUUGGACAUCAAAACCCGACUGGAGAUGGAGAUCGCAGAAUACAGAAGACUGCUGGAUGGUGACACGAGCAGCAGCACAAAUAUCACAUCUAGCAAAACCUCCAGCAGCUCUGUCAUCGUGAAGACCAUCGUGGAGGACAUUGUUGAUGGUGAACUGGUUUCAUCUUCCGUAAAAUAAACUCCAAAGCCCAUAAAACACUGUCCAUCUACAGCAGUCACAUGAGUCUUCAGGCCCUCUGAGGCACUUUUGUUACAAAUAAAAUCAAUGAUGGCACAA